CCAUACGUUCCUCUAUAAAACGCCUCUCACAACACAAUCUCAUCUCCCACCAAUAAAUUAAUUACUUUUUUAACAAAGAAAACUUUCAUUUCAUUCACUCUUCCCAAACAGUAAAACACACAUGCAGACAAUGGAAGGACGACAAUAUAAUUACCAAGACAGCAUAAACGCGAGCUCCUCCAUGGUGGUGCCUCACUCGCCUUGGCACUCUCCGGUUCCUUAUCUCUUCGGUGGUUUGGCCGCCAUGUUGGCUCUCAUCUGCGUCGCUCUUCUCAUCCUCGCAUGUUCCUACUGGAGACUCUCCGGCUCCGCUGAGAGAGAUCUUGAGGCCGGAGAUGAUGCCAAACCCGACAAUGACACCAACAAAACUAAGCACACAGAAAUGCCGGAGAAGUUUCUCGUCAUAAUGGCCGGUGAUGUCAGACCUACUUACUUGGCUACGCCAGCGACUCGGUCUGAGCAAAGCUGUACUUGCGGCGAUCAUAACGAAGAAGAAGGAAGAAGAGGGUAGUGAUCAGGUGGUAUAGCAGAGCACCGGAGGUUACGGUGAGCCCUCCCUCAUAUUUUGAAAACAGAGCAUUCGUUACGGAGUACUCCGGAAUCGAUCCGUCCGGUCUUUUUGUGUCGGUUCAUAAUUACGCCAACCUUACGUGAGCUGAUGGGAUAUAAAUUAGAGUUUUAUUUAUUUCGUAUGGUUUUAGUUUUUUUUUGGUUGUCUCAGUUUUCUUCAAAUUUUUCCCGUUUAUGGUUCAUGAAGGAAUAUCCGGUACAUGUAAAUUUUAAGAGUUUGAAUAGAUGAUUGUUUUGGACUAGCGAUUAAAGAUAGAACUGAAGCUUGACAGACAAAAUAAAUAAAAGAUACAACUAAAAUCGUGCGUCCUUAAUUCAGUUUUCGUGUAUAGAGAGACAAAAAUGUUUUCCCAGUGAG